GGUAUUAACAUAUACACGGAGACAGUGGUCUUAACCAAUUUCUCAAUCUUUUUCUUUCUACCAGGAAAAGAAAAAGAUAAUGAACACAACAACAAUAACAACCGCAGAUUCAUCUCCUCCUUAUCAUCAUCUACCAUCAAAUGAACACCUUCAACAACAGCAACAACCCAUUACUAGAAUCUCCCAGGAUACAAUCAACAAUCUCUUGAACACAAAAUGCAGCAAAUCAAUCCAACAUUUGAAACAAACCCAUGCUUUAGUUAUCAGAAAUGGUUUAUCUCAAGACAAUUUCAUUGCUGGUUCAUUAGUUAAAUGCUACUCAAACCCAUACUUUAAUAGUUUAUCCAUUGCACUCAAAGUGUUCAGCUCUAUUCCUCAACCACAUCCUUUCUUAUGGAACUCAAUGAUUAAAGGUUGUUUAGAAAAUCAUGACCCUAAGAAAGCUAUAUCUUUUUACAUUGAUAUGAUGGUUUUUAAUUCUUCGAGUAAUAAGUUUACUUAUCCGCCUUUGUUUAAGGCGUGUAUGGUGGCAAGAGCGGUUGAUGUUGGUGUUCAGAUUCAUGGGCAUGUUUUUAAGUAUGGACUUGGUGGAGAUUUGUAUAUUACGAGUGCUGGAAUUCAAAUGUAUUCGGCUUGUGGCCGGUUAACUGAAGCGCGGAGAAUGCUUGAUAAGAGUGAGGAGAAGGCUGAUGUUAUCUGUUGGAAUGCAAUGAUUGAUGGGUAUUUGAAAUGUGGGGAUUUGGGUUCUGCUAUUGGUUUGUUUGAGAGUAUGCCGGAUAAGAAUAGUGGGUCUUGGAAUGCUAUGAUUUCUGGGUACGCCAAAUCUGGGAAGAUUGAUGUAGCUCAAGAGUUUUUCAACAAGAUGCCUGAAAGAGACGAUGUCUCUUGGAGUGCGAUGAUUGAUGGGUACAUAAAGGGUGGUUAUUUUAAGGAGGCGUUGAGGGUUUUUCAUGAAAUGCAGAUGGAAGGAGUUCGACCGAGGAAAUAUGUACUAUCUAGUGUUUUAGCUGCUUGUGCGAACGUGGGUGCUCUUGAUCAAGGUAGAUGGAUUCAUGCUUAUGUUAAAAAGAAUUCAAUGAGUAUUGAUGCGGUUUUAGGUACGUCUUUAGUUGAUAUGUAUGCGAAAUGUGGGCGCUUAGAUAUGGCAUGGGAUGUUUUCGAAAAAAUGAAAAGGAAAGAAGUGUUUACUUGGAAUGCAAUGAUAGGAGGACUGGCUAUGCACGGGCGAGCUGAGGAUGCCAUUGAGUUGUUCUUGAAGAUGGAAAAGGAGAAGGUUAAACCAGAUGGAAUCACAUUUGUCGGUGUCUUGAAUGCUUGUGCUCAUGCAGGAUUUAUCGAUAAAGGACUUCACUUCUUUGAUGCUAUGGAAAAUGUUUAUGGGAUAGAACCAAAAGUAGAGCAUUUCUGUUGCGUGGUUGAUCUGCUUGGUAGAGCAGGAUUCUUAAAUGAAGCCGAACAACUUAUAAAAGCAAUGCCUAUACAGCCUAAUUCAGCAGUUUGGGGGGCGCUUUUAGGUGGUUGCAGGAUUCAUGGAAAUGUCGAAUUGGGCGAGAAGGUAGGGAAGCUUUUACUUGAGAUGGAACCAAAUAAUAGUGGUAGAUAUUCCCUGUUAUCAAACAUCUACGCAAGAGCAGGUAGAUGGGAUGAUGUUGCAGAAAUACGGAAAUUGAUGAAAGAUAGAGGAAUUAAAACAACCCCAGGUAGUAGCUUAAUCGAUCUGGAUGGCUUGAUUCAUGAGUUCGUAAUGGGAGAUGCAUCACACACGCAAUCAAAAGAGAUUCAUUUAAUGCUGGACGAGAUUAUGGAGAAGUUAAAAACAGAAGCAGGUUAUGUCCCGAAAACUAACGAGGUAUUGUUUGAUAUUGACGAAGAGGAAAAAGAAACUGCACUUUGUCACCACAGUGAGAAACUUGCUAUUGCUUUUGGUUUUCUCAACACAAGUCCUGGAACAACCAUACGCAUUGUAAAGAACCUGCGAGUUUGUGAAGAUUGUCAUACGGCAACAAAGCUAAUUUCGCGUGUAUAUAAACGUGAAAUAAUCGUCAGAGACCGUGUUCGGUUCCAUCAGUUUAGGAAUGGGAAUUGUUCUUGUAUGGAUUUUUGGUAGUUCCAGUAGUUAGAGCUGAACAUCAAGAUUCAAGGGGUAUCAGCCAGAAGUAAGAAAGUCAUACUCAAGUGAUAAGUGUACAACAAUGACACUCCAGAUGAUGUAAAGAAAAUGCGGAAACACUCAAAUUAUCACAUGAACAGAACUGUGUAAAAAAACUUCACUUGUAUUCCUAACAGAUCAAAGAAGCCAGUUAUGAGGAUGUUGUAUCUUGCAAAAAGUUUUGUGGAAAUAUAUUUUUUGAUUGUUUGUAAA